CGCGCGCCACCACCGGCAUAAAUUAGCGGCAGGUCGCCUCGCUUCGGCUCCACAACGCAUCGAAAAGAAAUAGGGUUUCUUGCCGGUCGCCGUCCCUCCUUCCGCCGAGGUCCGCCCGGUCAACCCCAGAUCAUCCCCAGUACCAUACGCGGAGGGAUGGCCGCGUUUGCGGUGAAGGGGUCGCUGCGAGGACCUUGCUUCUCGGCGGCCGGCCUCUCCUCCGGCCAGAACCCGCCGCGGAGCAGCGCUGCCCCACUCCCGUCCAUGGUCUGGAGCACGGGCAGCGACCCAAGGCAUGGGAAGCUCAAGGCCCAGGCAACUGAGUGGAUGCGGCCAAAUGAUGAUUAUCGAUAUGAUGUUCAACCAUCACAGAGGCACACAGAUUUUAUUUGCCAACCUGGUCCAGCCAUGCACAUCGACCUUCUCAACAGGGAGCGGCUUCGUUAUCCAAUGUUGGAGAGAAAGAAGCUAGUCGUUGCAGACCAGGUUAAGAAGCGUCCGAAGGCUCUUCAGAAGUGUGCUAGAGAUUUUGCAGAUUGGCUGUUAAAGUACAUUUGCUCAGAGAAUGAGAACUACAAAUACGUCUUAGUUGCCACUAAAGAGAAUGCCAAUAUGCUUAUGAAGGAGGGUUUUAUUUCUUCUUAUGCCCGAGAUGAAAUAUUACAUGGUCUUGAAAGGAUUAAAAAGGACAUUGAAGAAGGAAGAUUUCAGUGGAGGGAUAAUAAAGAUCUAAGGACUAAUAUUAUUGACACACUCAUUGAUAUAGUUGGAGGGCCAGCCAAGAGGCUGGAUAGAGUGAUAAGUCAUUAUGUUCAACUGCUAACAGUCCUCCAAUUACGGUGUCAUGAUUCCAUUGAUCAAGUUAUUUCUCAAACAAAAGAACUCCAGGUUUACUCAUGCACACAGCCUGUUAUUGCCAUGACCAUGUUGUUUUUUCUAUAAAAAAUCCAUUGCUACAGAAUUUUGUGACUUACUUUUUAUUUUAUAUUUCAACUUAGUCAUUAAUUCCAUUUUUUAGUGAUCCAUAUCUAGAAAGGUAUACUCAGAUAAUUUUACAUACUGCCAUAACUGAAGUGGUUACAACAUGCACAUAGCAAGGCAAUUUAUAUGUUGGCGUAGAAAAUUUUGCUACCUGGCUACUUCCUAGCAGUUCUUGAUGAAACCCACAUGCCUAUUUGGAUUCUCCUAAAUAUUUGUGGGUAUACCAGAAUGCCUGGUUGUUGGAGAUAUUUGAAUCAAUUUGCACUUUGCACAGUGCACUAAAUUAUCCCUUCCAGUUUUGUAAACCCUAGCUGAUCAGCCUUGUCCCUUGGUAAAGGGGGUAGCCAUUUUAUGUGGGCAGUGGCAAGCUAGAAUGGUUGGGUUGGGUGGCCUUGGUACAAGAAGCAAAGCAGAAUUGUAUUACCUUAUCAGUUGUUUGAGCAAUUGAGCACUAAUUGAUAGAUGUUAUUACAAAUGUAGUCGACUGUUUGCUUAGUUGUUCUUUUAUCGCAGUAAAAUUUAUAUGUUGAGCUCUAGCUACAUGAAUGGCCUCAUCCAACUUGAGUACAUUAUCCAUUUCCCGGACUGAGCUUUUUUUGCUAGCAAUCAGAAAUGGGGGAUUGGUCCUCCCUAGCAUAUGGAGGUGUGCAAAUUGGAUUCUACUUGGUGAUGUGGUAUUGUCGCAACUUGAACAGCUUGACAUGGAUGUCUCUCAGCUUGUUAGUUGUAAAAACAAGAUGGACUCUACACUACAAACAGCUCUCCCUUCAGACAGCACCUAUUGUUCUAUGAACAGUUUAUGUAAGGAUCCACGUCACAUGCACAAUUUCGCUGUGGAAUUUGGAAAUUUGAUUGUCGGGGACAUCUCCCGCGAUCUUUCAAAUAUUGGAUUGGAGCUGAGUUCAUGGAUGGAGUUGCACUUGUUGACACCAAAUGAUAAAGUGAUUGAAAGUUUUUCGCUUAUGCGAAAGCAAAUGCUGGAUCUAGAUAAUUUAACAGCCACACGGAGCGCUUAUUCUAUCUACAAUCCUGUUGAGGAUAGCAGCAGGCAAUUUUUGGCAAGCUUUAGAAGUGUUUCAGAAAUACUUAAAGCAGCGAAAGAAUUUGCAAAACAAUCAUCUUUUGAUCAUGAAAAGGCUCGAACCUUUCUUGCGCCAAGAGAUAAUUUUGGUGCUUCACAACUAGCUGAAUUCCAUGCAACUAAGAGUCUAGACGGUCAGAAUAAAGAUGAAGGAGGUAGUGCUAUCGAGAAGCAAAAUUUCAGAUUACAUAGUGAUGAUACAAUGAGGAAAUUGCUCGAUUGGCCUCGACGCCUUCAAUCGGAGAAAAAUGACUAAUGUUUUAUAGCGUUACUUGAAACAAACAGUCGACACAGUUAUUUAUUUUCUUUAGGUAUUUGAAAGAGCCAUCCUUGUGGCCCUGUAUUAUGUGAUGCGUUCAGCAAGAAUUGGUUUAUUCUGCGAGGAAAGUUUUCAGUUUUUCUAAUACAUGUUGGUUUGAUCCAUCAUCAGGCUGGAGCAUGAUACAGUUUUUUUUUUGUUUAGUCUAGGAACAUGAUAUAGCUAG